GUUCACUUCCUAUAGGGACUGAAAACCAAGUGAGGAGAUGAAGGAUUUUACCGUACUACACCAGAGAAUACAGAGAGGAUAGACACUGCAGAUAGAUCCUGAUCAUCACCGAAGGAACAACUGCACAACUGCAGGAAGACAGCUAGUCCCCUCACAGCAUUGCUCAACACAGAGGAGGUUGGGCAGUGAAACUAUCAUCUGGAAAUCGGUCGGGUUAGGGGAGCUUUGACACAUCAUCAGAUCUGAAACUGGUCAAUGGUGUGGAGCUUUCCAUCAGAACCAACCUUUCUGAAGGUUUGGCUGUGGGUGAUCGAUCAGGGUGAGGCUGGGAAGAAGUGUGAGUGGCUCCAAGUGUGGUGACAGCUUCAGUCAUUCAUUUAUCCUCAAGAAUCACUGACUCAUUUCUCCAGGGGGAGGAGGCUGUUCAAGUGUGAAGUGUGUGAGGAGGAUUCCAUGGGAUUGUAAGACCUAAUGUCACACACAGUGCAUCUGUUGUACACUUGAGAGCACAACAAUAACAAUGGAAGAGACAGCCUUCAAGUGCGAGGAAAGUGAUGAAGACUUUGCACACUCAUCAAUGAUUGUUCAUCCACAACACAUUCACAUUGGAGAAAAGCCAUUCAGUUGUGAAAUGUGUAACCAGGACUUUGUACAGUUAUCAGACCUUGUGAAUCACCAGCGCAUUCACACAGGGAAAAAAGCAUUCAUAUGCGAGGUAUGUGACAAAUCGUUCUCACAGUCAUCGAAGUUUCUCAUGCACCAACACACUCACACAGGGGAGAAACCAUUCACAUGUGAGGUGUGUAUCAAAUCUUUCUCUGAUUCAUCAUAUCUCCGCAGACAUCAACGCACCCACACUGGAGAGAAACCAUUCACAUGUGAGGUGUGUGAUAAAUCAUUCUCCCAGUCAGGGAACCUUCACAUACACCGACGUAUUCACACGGGAGAGAAACCAUUCAGCUGUGAAGUGUGUGACAAGUCUUUCUCUCACUCAUCUCUCCUCCGUGUGCACCAACGCAUUCACACAGGGGAGAAACCAUUCACGUGUGAAGUGUGUGACAAAUCAUUCUCGGAUUCAUCAGCCCUUCGCAGACACCAGCGCAUUCACACAGGAGAGAAACCAUUCAUAUGUGAGGUAUGUGACAAAGCAUUCUCCAGGUCGUCAAGUCUCCUACUUCAUCAGAGGAUCCACACAAGGCAGAAACCGUUUAUGUGUGAGAUUUGUGACAAAUCAUUUUCAGCUGCAUCAAGUCUCCGUGCGCACCAACGGAUUCACACAGGGGAGAAACUGUUCAAGUACGGGAUCAAAGAUAAUCAGAAGGGAAGCUACAUGGAAGAGAAACCCUUCAAGUGUGAAGUAUGUCACCAAGGUUUUGCACGAUCAGCAACACUCAGAAAUCACCACCGUAUUCACACUGGAGAGAAACCUUUCAAGUGUGAAGUGUGUAACAAAGGCUUUGCACAAUUAUCAGGCCUCGUGAAUCACCGGGCAAUCCACACGGGUCAGAAACCCUUCAUCUGCAAGGUAUGUGACAAAUCAUUCUUACAGUCAUCAACCCUCCGCCGACACCAACGUAGUCACACUGGAGAGAAACCUUUUAUGUGUGAGGUGUGUGAGAAAUCAUUCUCCCAAUCAGGGAUCCUCCGCACACACCAACGCAUCCACACGGGAGAGAAACUCUUCAAGUGUCAGGUGUGUGAAAAAUCAUUCUCAGACUCAUCAAGACUCCUGCUUCAUCACAGGAUUCACACAGGGGAGAAACCAUUUGUAUGUGAUGUGUGUGAUAAAUCUUUCACACAGUCAUCUACGCUCCAUAAACACCAACGCAUUCACACGGGGGAGAGACCGUUUAGGUGUGAGGUGUGUAACAAAUCGUUCUCACGGUCACAAAAUCUCCGUGCACACCGACGUAUUCACACAGGAGAGAAACCGUUCAGGUGUGAUGUAUGUCACCAGGAUUUUGCACAAUUGUCAGGCCUCGUGAAUCAUCGGCCUGUUCACACAGGGGAGAAGCCCUUCACAUGCGAGGUAUGCGCUAAGUCAUUCCCGCAAUCAUCAACCCUCCUCGUGCACCAACGCAUUCACACUGGGGAGAAACCGUUCAAGUGUGAGGUGUGUGAGAAAACAUUCUCAAGGUCAUCGUACCUACUACUCCAUCGGAGGGUUCACACAGGGGAGAAGCCCUUCACAUGUGAGGUGUGUGAUAAAUCCUUCUCACAGUCAUCGACCCUCCGCAAGCACAAACGUGUUCACACAAGGGAGAAACUAUUCAGGUGUUAGACGUGUAACAAAUCACUCUCAAUGUUAGUAAAAAUACAUCUGCUUGGAGGAAACACCAUUCCCUUGUCCAACAAAUUGUCCUCAAAGUCAUGGAACUUAAUGCUCCAUUGUCAAGGGAGUAACUCUUGAACUUUGUGAGGAUUGUGAUAAACCUUUUGUUAUGAUUCUAAUCCUCCGUUUCACCACAGGCUGUUCUUGGGGAGACAUUUUCUACUUAUGAUGUUUUGACAUGGCUUGCACACAAUCAAUGUGCAUGCUUGCACAUUAGUGCACUCAAAGGGUGGGAAGGAAACAGCAAUGCAAGUGGAGGACCCACAAGGUACCAUUGAAAUUCUUACCAUUCUGUAAUCUGAGUGUGAAGUCUCAGUCUCACUGUGCAGGAUGUUCAGUGGGACGGAGACACAGAAUUAAAAGCAGCUUUCACUCCCAUCAAAUAACAAUUUAUCACACACCUCAUGUGAAUAAAUCACCAGUGCUGAGGGAUUAUGAUGUAACAAUGGAGUGACCCUGCAGUGUGAUGUCAGUGAAACAGGACUUGGAGUAACUCCCAGGCAGUGAGGACAACCCGUUGUGUUUGUAUCCAGAGGAUUUACACAAACUGAACAACACUAAACAGACUGAGAAACAGAGUCUGGAUACUGUUUUUCCUUGUGAAUUUUGGGAGAGAGGAAAAGAGAAGGUAGCAUCUGACCAAAAGUCAAUUCGAGUAUCUUUUUCAAAUCACUUUGAUCCCCUCCAAAGCAUCUACAAAGGAUAUUUCUUCAUGUAUAGAGAUAUCGCUGGGAAGUGAAGGACAAGCUAGGGAAGCAGAUGUACAUCACUGAUGUGCUGUCUGGAGCUGCACUCUCUCUGAAGGAAGUUAAUACCAGUGUGAAAUACCAGUAUUCCAAAUUCAACAGGCAGCAGCAGCAUGACAUGCUCUGGAAAUCAUCAACUCACCCAUUCAUUGUUGAAUAUCUGAAGGCACACUUCAGUCAUCAUGACAUUCCUGAUCAGUGAGAAUUACCUCAAUUCACGAGUGAAGAAUUCAGACACUUCCUGAAUGAUUGGGAAACUCACCUUCACAUAAUCUCCAUUCAAAUAGGCUAACACAGUGGUAGAAAUUACCAAAAGAAUUAUCAAAAAAUUUACUUCAUCCAGUUGAGAUGUGCACAAGGCAAUCUUAGAGAGAAGAAACAGAUCACCUGAAGGCAUGGACAGUUAUCUGGUCCAACGAUUAAUGUCACACCUCACUCAGGAACUCUUCCAAUAAUUAAAAUAUCAGCAAGACUGGAAGGAGUAACAGGAGUAAGUGACACCAUUAAGUGAAACAUAAGCGAAUGUCACUUUGAUAAAGAUACCAAAUCAUUGUCAGAGCUGACUGUGGGAAAGUAUUCCUGAAGAAGGGCUAAUGCCCGAAACGUCGAUUCUCCUGUUCCCCAGAUGCUGCCUGACCUGCUGCGCUU